CGUCGCAGAACAUGAGUCAUCGACACCACUUCAAAUUGAUUAUACGCCGCGGUCUGUUUUCAUAAAAUUAGUUAGCUGCUGUAGCUAGGCUAGACUAACUAUUUGUGAUUGAUACUACAGUAUUUUAGAUUUGAACAGUGAUUGCUUUUGCAGUUACAAAAAGGAAUAUGUUUUGAUUUAAUGGUUGUUGUAGUUCUACGGAAUAUUGCGUUGUCACUUAAUCAAUAGAUGGACGAAGAAUAUGAAUCAUCUUUGGAGUAAUAAUGGUGACUUGCAGCUAUUCUUGACACUAUGUCCCAUACUUCUGGUUUGUCAGCAUUGACACCUCCCGGUAUCCCAUCCAGUAAACAUCGUUCAACAUUUGUAUGGACACCAGUUUUUCCUGAAAAUCUUGUAACACCUUGUAUGCGGAGCAAGCAUGCUGCAUGUGUGGCCAACAAUUUCAUCUAUGUUUUUGGAGGCAGGGAUGCGCAUAGUAGUAGAAAAGACUUGUGGCGGUACAAUAUUACAACGAACGUCUGGACAAGCUUAGAAUGCUUUGGGACGGCACCACCAUUGUUACAGAACCACACCAUGGUUCAUUAUAAUGACAAGAUUUACAUCUUUGGUGGUGAGCUUGGAUUUGGAACAUCAGAUGAAACCCCACUGUGGAGCUAUGACUUACUGCAUAUGUCUUGGGAAAAAGAAGUUGGUGGCACUGAAGUCAUGAAGCCUCUUGGACGGCGAGGUCAUACAGCCACUCUUGCCAAUGGUGUGAUGUACAUCUAUGGUGGGUACUUGGACCUAAAGGGAUCAUCUAGUGAACUAUGGCUAUAUGACUUCAAAAGUGAAUCCUGGCAUAUUGACUGCCUGAGCCAACUGAAUGAACCACCGGCACGUCACAACCAUUCAGCCAUUUUGCAUAACAAUUCCAUAUGGAUUUAUGGUGGAUUAAGCAAUUUGGUGCCCAAAGCAGACUUGUGGAAAUGGGAUACAGAUGCCAGAAAGUGGCUAAGGAUCCGGUUUCAUCAGGGUCCCUCUAGCCUCAAUGGUCAUUCUGCUUGCGCCCACAACGAUUGCAUGUUCAUUUUUGGUGGCGAAGAUGGUUCAGACAUUGUAAGAAACGAACUGUGGCUCUUCAGUUUUGUCACUCAUAAUUGGAGUAAAAUAAGUCCGUUUCAAGAAAUUCUUCCUUCUCCUAGUCUUCAUCAUACGCUUCUCCCAAUACUCAAAGAAAUCCAUUCAGAUCGUUCCCCAGUUGUACAGUACAGAACUUCAUCUGUUCCUUUCUUACAUGGAAACAAAUCCAUAAAUAAUGUGUCACCCCCAAGACCAUACUCAUCUCCACCUAUUGACAGGAAUUCAUCCCCUUAUGGCGGGGAAACCACUCGAUUGUUUCAGAACCGUGUCCAUCCUUACCCGUCCAAACUACUUUCCCCCGAAGCCGCUGAAAAUCAAACAAUAGAUAACCAAAAUGCUGAUGGUGAUUGUAGUAGUGCGGAGGUUAUUCUGUUUCAUAAACAGAAAUUAGAUUUUCAGUGUAAAGAAAAACAAGAUGUAGAACAAAUAGAAGACAAGUGUGUGCUAAACAAAAACGGACAAAUUGAUGAUAAUGAAAAUUCUGUAAAUAUAACACAGAAUAUAUGUGAGAAGUGCGGUCAUCAGGUUUCAAACAGUAUUACAUCAGAACAAUAUGACGACUGCCAACUGUGUGUUAGUAAAACAGACGCUAAUAAAAAAGCAGCAUACAAAACGUUGCGACCAGAUUCAUUGACGUUACUUAACGCAGAAAGCAAAAGACAGACUUACAGUGAAAUUCAAGUAGUUGAUCUUGAAGAUGAUGCUGAUUUUCUGGCAUUUACCGAACGAACAAAGCUGCUAUCUCUUCAAGAACAUUCUAAAAUAUACCAAGCCGACGAAACAAAUGGCUUCUGUAAUUCAGGAUAUGACUCGACUGAGUAUUACCCGGGUACCAACGAUCAACGUUCCACCAAUAUUACUAGAGAAAUAUAUGCAAAUUCAAGCCGAACUGGAAGUUUUGAUAAACAGAAUGGAGUAAAUAACCACCAAAGAAAUAUGUUGAUACCAAAGAUUGUUGAACCAAAAAAAGCCAGACAGUAUGAACGUUCAAAUACAUUGCAAGAUAAUGAUAAACGCAAUGGAGAUUGCGAGUGGUAUCUGGCAAAAAAUCAGCAGGGACAAUAUUUAUGUGGAAAACAAGGUAGCGAAAUUGUGUUAUGCAUGUAUUUAAUAGGAGGUAAAGAAUGCAGUAGUAACAGCAUUGCUGGGUUGAAAACUCCUCUAGCUAUGUGGAAAUGUGCAAUGAUUCCAGGUAAACCUUCACCACAGCAAAUAAGAAAAUUGAUGGCUGAUAUGACUUCUUAGUUGCCCAGACAAUGCCUGCUGAGUGCUUUCAACCUUGACUAUUUUUAUAUGGUUAUUGAUGACUGUUUGUGUAAUCAAUAUUCCCGACACCUACAAUGUAAUUUAAGAUGCCUUAUAUAAUGAAGUUGAUUGGCAUAUUGUAUAUAUUAAACUUACUGAAAUUCAGAAUAACAGUAACCUUGUAUAUGAAAUAAAUUAGAUAGUAAUGAGGAGUGAUAUAUAUUAUUUAUAAAAAGAACACCUGUACUAUUGUUUAUGCAAAUGAGGAGUGCUAUCACUUGCAAAAUUGCAUUCUCAAUCUAUUCUAAAUGAGAGUUUGAAGAUUUGUUAUUUGAUGUAUUCUAGUUUAUAACAGUAUAACAGAUUUUUCCUACUGAAACAAAGUAUAAGGUUUGGUGGUAAAAGAAAUUAAAACGGUGUUGUUUUCUUUCAUAAGAUAUAUCACACUUACAUGGCCAGUUCAUUUAGAUCCAUUAUGAAAACAGACGUGUGUGAGGUAUUCAUAGCAUACAAAUUGUGAUUAUCUUUACAAUAAAUUAUACAAGGGAAGGUUGCUUAUUAAAUGGUAUUAAAGUCAGGCUCCGGAGGAAAAAAAUUUCAUGAUAUGUUGUAGAACUGAUUUUUCUAAGACAGA